AAACAGUUUAAUGACUCAUUGCCUAUUUUGCGUUUUUUCCUAUUUUUCGUUCCAUUCAUUCUCCCUUUUGUCACCACCGUCAUCUCCGCCGUACACAACCGCCCUAAUUUCCAGCUGUGUCGCCGCUGGUGAAUUCAGAUUCACAAUUCAAUAUUUUUACGAUUCAAUCUUUUUUAGCCUAAAAAACCUACAGCCGUCUCUCUCGCGAGCAAGUCACGCACUAGUGCGGGCUACGAGGCCAUUUUUAUGCGUGAGAUUCGGGAAAAAUCCACGUGCUUGCUGGGAGAUCCGAGGCUUGUUAAGGUUGUAGUAUUGAGGAUGAAAGGAGGCAUUCAAGGAGUAAAGGUUUCGCAAGUCUCCCUCGUCCUUAUCGGGUUGGUGUGCGCCACUGUUCUUGCAUUGACAUGGAAGAAGACCAUUCUAAUGGCCUCGUCUGUCCCUUCUUCUCAGAGUCGUGUGUUGCAACUGGAUGGCUUAGAUAAUCCAGAUCGUAUUAUAGAAAGAGCACACCCAAAAGAAGUCUCGCCAAGAAAAAAUAAGUAUAAACAUGAAGAGAUCGUGCUAGAAUCAUCUGUUGAGCAAACUAGAAGCUUACCAGCUGCCACAGGGAAGAAAGAAGUUCUUUCGAGUGUUCUAGAAAAUACAGGAUUACAAGAACACCCUAAUGGUAAAAAUGAAUCAAAACAAGCAGAAACUGCACCAGAGAUAUCUUUCAAACCGGAGGAAAAAAUAAUAUUAUUCAAACCAGAGGAAACAAGAAACUCUUCGGUUAUCUCUGAAAAAAAAGAUUGUAAUUAUGCAAAAGGUAAAUGGGUCUUUGAUGAUAGCCGGCCUUUAUAUUCUGGAUUUGGCUGUAAACAAUGGUUGUCGUCUAUGUGGGCCUGUCGUCUGAUACAGCGCACAGAUUUUGAAUACGAAAAACUACGCUGGAAACCGAAAGACUGUAAAAUGGAAGACUUCACCGCUUCCAAGUUUCUGCUGAGAAUGCAGGACAAAACCCUAGCAUUCGUGGGGGACUCGCUCGGCAGGCAGCAGUUCCAAUCCCUGAUGUGCAUGAUAACAGGCGGAGAGGAAAAGCCCGACAUCCUUGACGUGGGCCUUGAAUACGGGCUCGUCAAAGCCCUCGGAUCCUCCAGGCCCGACGGGUGGGCCUACCGUUUCCCCAACACCAACACCACUAUCCUCUAUUACUGGUCCGCAAGUCUCUGUGAUUUACAACCCAUCAAUCACUCUAACCCAAAUAAUACCGAAAUCGCCAUGCACCUUGAUCGGGCCCCUUCCUUUUUAACCCGAUUUAUUAACAAAUUUAACGUCCUUGUUCUCAACACCGGCCACCACUGGAAUAGAGGGAAACUCAAUGCCAACAAGUGGGUCAUGUACGUGGGUGGGGCCCCAAAUACGAACAGGAGAAUAGCAACUAUUGCAGGUGCGAAAAAUUUCACGGUUCAUAAUAUAGUGAAAUGGGUCGAUUCGCAGCUGCCUUUGUAUCCCGGAUUGAAAGCCUUUUUCCGUUCGAUUUCGCCCAGGCAUUUUUUCAAUGGGGAUUGGAAUACGGGAGGCACUUGUGACAAUACUAGCCCUCUUUCUGGAGGGAAGGAGGUUUUGAAGGAUGAGUCGAACGACCCUGUUGCUGCUGGGGCCGUGAAGGGGACUAACGUUAGGCUUUUGGAUAUAACUGCUUUGUCUGAGUUGAGAGACGAAGGCCAUAUUUCGCGUUAUAGCAUUCGGGCUAUGCCCGGGAUGCAGGAUUGCUUGCAUUGGUGUUUGCCAGGUGUGCCUGACACGUGGAAUGAGAUUUUGUUUGCUCAGAUAUGACUUCUGACUGAUUGGGUUGACCAUUUGAAAUGAGUUUUAGGAGAAAUGUGAUUGGUCUUUUAUUUUUUCUCCUUUUUUUUUGUUUAACUGUAGUCAGUAUUGUUACAGUAGGUUCUUUGCAGAUAUUCUGCCUUAAUACGGUUUUAUAGGUGUCUUUAUUUUUGGUCGGAGAGUAGACAGGUGGGAUUUCGAAAUAUAUACAUGUAAUGAGCUACUCUGCUCAUGUUAUGUUGUAUCACUAUAUACAU